UUCGUGCAUUACAUUCAAUUAAUUGACCGUAUGUGUCAUAUGUACUGGUGUAAAGUGUCAAAGUGUAAUCGAAUUCCAUUACACAAGGAAGUCUAAUAACGUAUACUUGUUCUUAUGAUUCAUGGAAAUUCAAACAUAUUUACUCAUAUAAGUAAUUGUAGGAGACAUUGGUGAUCAUAGAAGAUAUGUACAUGGUUAAACUAUACGGAGUAUUAUAUUAGUUCCAAAGUAGUUUAAUAUAUCACAAUGACUGAAUAUAAACUUGUUGUUGUCGGAGCUGGAGGUGUUGGAAAAUCAGCUCUCACUAUCCAACUGAUUCAGAAUCAUUUCGUUGAUGAAUAUGAUCCUACAAUUGAAGAUUCUUAUAGAAAGCAGGUCGUCAUUGACGGAGAAACAUGUCUGCUGGAUAUUUUAGAUACAGCAGGACAAGAAGAAUAUAGUGCAAUGCGAGAUCAAUACAUGCGAACAGGAGAAGGAUUUUUGUUAGUUUUUGCUGUCAAUUCUGCAAAAAGUUUUGAGGACAUAGGUACAUAUAGGGAACAGAUAAAAAGAGUGAAAGAUGCAGAAGAAGUACCGAUGGUUUUGGUGGGUAAUAAAUGUGAUCUUCAACAAUCUUGGGCAGUAAAUAUGCGUCAAGCAAGAGAGAUUGCUCGUCAGUAUGGUGUUCCUUUUGUAGAAACUUCAGCUAAAACAAGAAUGGGAGUUGAUGAUGCUUUUUAUACUUUGGUUAGAGAAAUUAGAAAAGAUAAAGAACAACGGGGGAAAGAGAAGAAAAACCGUAUGAGAAGUGGAAAAACUAAUCGUAGGAAAGUCCGGUGUUGCUUGCUCUAACUAUGACAUAAUAUUAAUUUGUGGAUGAUGCGCACAAUCAAAGCAAAAAUCAUACUCUGUAUUCAAUAGAAU